AUGGAAAAGCCGGCAAUAAAUUUGCGUUACAUAAUGGAUGCAGCUGGCGAAUACUUCGAAUGUAUUUCAGUAAAUUAUAACCCGAUUGAUGAGCUAUGUCGCCUGUAUGGUGCUGAUAUGAAAACGGAAAAUGGCAUUGCAAACCUGGCUGUAAACGACAAAAAUAUUUUUUCCGAUAAAAUUUGUUUGUCGGUAGCUCAGCAAUUCAAGCGCACGUGCCAGCAGGAGACGUUCUUUAUUACUCACUGCAACAAGCAGAUCAACAAACAAGUCAUUGAUCAUUCGAGGGGUACCCCGUCAAUCGCACACUGCAUUGCCAUUUGCGUCAAUAAUUUUCGUUGCCAGUCAGUCACUUAUAAGAAUGAUUUGUGCACGCUGCACGAUGUUAGUGUUGCCGCUGAUCCAGAAGCAUUGGUCAGUGCUACACCCAACACAUAUGUGGUUGAAAAUGGCUGCGCCACAUCUAUACCGCCAGAAGGAGAACCGCGGCCGGAAACAGAAUGGAGCGAAUGGAGCAGCUGCCAGUUUAGUGUGGAUGGUGAACGAGUGAAAGUACGAAGCAGAGACUGCGGCAAAACUGAAUGCACAGAUUUGCAAGUCCAGAAUUGCCUCUGA